CGCAUUCCGUGCCGGGUCCGGCUCGUGGCGGCCGCGGAGCGCGUAGGUCCGGGGGAGGAAGCCGGCGGGCGACGCGUGCAGCCACGACGGAGCAGCCGCGGGACUGGCCGCCUCGCGCCCCGUUCGCCGCCGUGCCGUUCCCCGGCGCGCUCACCCCGUUCUCGGGAUGGGAGUGUAGCGGCGGCGCGGACUCGGCGGGUAUCGCGGUGGAGGCGGCUGCGGCGGCUGAACGCGGCUCCAUGUUUUCCCCCGGCCAGGAGGAGCCCAGCGCCCCCAACAAGGAGCCGGUGAAAUACGGGGAGCUGGUGGUCCUGGGGUACAAUGGUGCUUUGCCUAAUGGUGACAGGGGCAGGAGGAAAAGCAGAUUUGCCCUCUAUAAGCGGACAAAGGCCAACGGUGUCAAACCCAGCACAAUCCACGUGGUUUCCACACCCCAAGCAUCAAAGAUUCCAGAAGUUGUUUUGCUGGAUGUAGAUCAGAAGAGGCUCUGUGUCCAUGAAGGAACUACCAGUGCUAUCAGCUGCAAAGGUCAGCACAGCAUAUCCUACACUUUGUCAAGGAACCAGACUGUGGUGGUGGAGUACACACAUGAUAAAGACAUGGACAUGUUUCAGGUGGGCAGAUCAACAGAAAGCCCCAUCGACUUUGUGGUUACAGACACCGUUUCUGGUGGGCAGAAUGAUGAUGCCCAGAUCACACAAAGCACCAUCUCUAGGUUUGCCUGCAGGAUCGUGUGUGACAGGAGUGAGCCAUACACAGCACGCAUAUUUGCAGCUGGAUUCGACUCUUCCAAAAACAUAUUUCUUGGAGAAAAGGCAGCAAAAUGGAAAAACCCAGAUGGACAUAUGGACGGGCUCACCACCAAUGGCGUUCUCGUGAUGCACCCUCGAGGAGGCUUCACCCAGGAGUCCCAGCCUGGAGUCUGGCGAGAGAUCUCUGUCUGUGGAGACGUGUACACUUUACGAGAGACGAGGUCGGCCCAGCAGAGGGGAAAGCUGGUGGAAAGUGAAACCAAUGUCCUGCAAGACGGCUCCCUCAUUGACCUGUGUGGGGCCACUCUCCUCUGGAGAACCGCAGAUGGCCUUUUUCACACUCCGACUCAGAAACACAUUGAGGCCCUCAGGCAGGAGAUCAAUGCAGCCCGACCCCAGUGUCCUGUGGGCCUCAACACCCUGGCCUUCCCCAGCAUCAAUCGGAAGGAGGUGGUGGAAGAGAAGCAGCCCUGGGCUUACUUGAGCUGUGGCCAUGUGCAUGGCUACCAUAACUGGGGCCAUCGGAGUGAUACGGAGGCCAAUGAGAGGGAAUGUCCCAUGUGCAGGACUGUGGGCCCUUAUGUCCCGCUGUGGCUGGGCUGUGAGGCGGGAUUUUAUGUUGAUGCUGGACCCCCAACUCACGCUUUUACCCCCUGUGGACACGUGUGUUCAGAGAAGUCUGCAAAGUACUGGUCUCAGAUCCCACUGCCUCAUGGGACUCACGCAUUUCAUGCUGCCUGUCCGUUCUGUGCCACACAGCUGGUUGGCGAACAGAACUGCAUCAAACUGAUUUUCCAAGGUCCAGUGGACUGACAACCCUGGACAGCCAUCUAUGUGUUAUUAACAAGUUACUGUGAAGAUUUUGCCACUAACUCUAGAUUCUACCUUUUUGUAAUGCUGUUUGUUAAGGGAAAGGCAGGCUGGGUUGGGGG